AUGGGUGAUGAUCGUGUUGCCCACUGGAUAGAGACUCGAACGAACAGGUUUAAAGCAAGCUUCAUUCCUCAUGAUAACCAUUCCUCAUCUUAUAGGAACGAAAGCAACGGAGGCAUAAGCACCCCGCCGAACAGCAGUACCAGCAGUGUCAGCAGUGGCAUCGCUGAGGACGAAACUGCUGAUGAUUUACUGCAAGGAUGUCAGAAUGAUCCAGUGAUUCCAAGCGCUGAGGAUAUUGAGAGGACCUUUCGGAGAGGUGAAUCCCAAUGGCGAGAGUGCCUUGGUCUGGCAGAACGGCAACAAACUCUCAGAAUGCCCGAAAGCCCAGGUGUUUUGAGGUUGACAGAGGGGGUUCCACCCCUACCUUCUCAGCUCCGUGGCUUAAAGGAAAUUGGGGGCUACCCGACAUGGGAAUUUUUACACGCUGAGUCAGAUGAUAUGGGCUCUAUGGAUGAUGUUUUCACAGAAACCCUGGAUGACUCCGAUCCGACGUGGCAGCCAACCUCACCCCCCGAAGUCGAUGAAUGGAGCAUGGAUCUCGCCCGUGGCAACGAGAAAAUCCUCACCCUCUCUAUCCCAAAGCCGACGAGGUACCGGCUCACAGAAGAAUGCAAUUCCAAUUCUGAUGCGUCACCCGCCUCUCCUUCCAAUGGCAUCACUAUACUCAUACAAUGCCUCUCCUAUUAUUUCUGUGCAAAACUCCUUGAGAUGCAGGAGCGGAAAAGUCAAGUUUACUUCUCAGGCACUUUCAACACGCCAUGUAGGCUGCUCAGAGAAUGA